UCUCGUCGAAUUCUUGUGAGAAUAUGACGAAGCAUGUGCCCAUUGGAAAUAACUCCUUUAGAAGCUAUGUUCGACAAAAGAACAGGAGGGAAAACUGGUUGGCAGUUAUUUUGUUAAGAAUUUCACGGAGAGAUUUUGGAUUCUGCUUGACCACGCUGUUUUUGUUUUGUUUGGGCUCCGUCCUGUGGCAAUUCAAUGGUGGACCGCCUAAAAUUCUUCUAGAUGUUCGUUACUAUUUCGGGAAAUCAUUUGGUGGUGACCACGAACACUUAGCACCCAGAGCUUUACCUUUCCCAAGUCAAGUCAUGUACAAUCGAGUUGGCAAAUGUGGGAGUCGUACAGUUGUCCUGCUACUUCGUAUUCUGGCAGAGAAGCACCAGUUCACCCUGAUCUCAUCUGACAUCCAUAACAAGACCAGACUAAGCAAGCGCGAACAGCUGAAUCUGAUGAAAAACAUAAGCACUGUUCCUCAGCCAUUUCUAUAUACUCGACAUGUCCAUUUCCUCAGUUUCACCAGGUACCCUUAUGCUACAGCCAGUAUUGGUAAAGUUUCACAGCUAAAAAUGGCUCAGUUUAAGAAUCCUAUCUGUCUCUCCAGGUUCCAAGUAGAUGAACCUGUAUACAUCAACAUCAUUAGAGAUCCGAUCGACCGAUUUCUGUCCAAUUAUUUUUUUCGGCGUUUUGGUGACUGGAGAGGAGAAGAAAAUCAUCUUGUCCGCACUCCUGGAAUGAAGGAUAAUGAAAGAUAUCUUGACAUUAACACCUGCAUCUUGGAAAGCUACGCUGAAUGCUCAAACCCACGGCUCUUCUACAUCAUUCCUUAUUUCUGUGGCCAGCAUCCUCAGUGCAGGGAGCCAAGUUUGUGGGCAUUGCAGAAGGCGAAGGAAAAUGUUUUGGAACACUACCUGCUGGUAGGAGUAUUGGAGGAGCUACAGGAUGUGCUUCUCUUGCUGGAGAGACUCUUGCCUCACUUCUUUACUGAUGUCCUCAACAUCUACAAAAGUCCAGAAUACAGAAAGCUGUGGAACCUGACAGUGACUGUGCACAAGCAAAGCCCCAGCCUGGAGGCCCUGCAGGUGCUGUAUCAGCGGAUGGAGCAUGAGUACGACUUUUAUAAUUUCAUCAAAGCCCAGUUCCACCUCACAAAGAGGAAGUUUGGCCUGAGGUCUGGACCACAUCCCUCCCAGCAUCGCUCCAGCCUCAGGGAAGAUCAGUAGCAGGAAGACACCUGGCUGCAAAGCUGGGUGGAACAUUCCUCAAGAUAAAAGGGUUGCCCAUGCUGUAGCUCACCUAGAUAUUACAGAACUGAAGUGACAACUCAGUCUGAAGAUGAGGGUGUUGUUUUGAAGG